GCCGCAGGAAAAGGAAAGACCAAGAAAAAAGGAGAUAAAUCAAAAAUGACAAAAUUGAAAAAGGAACUGUUGGAUCUUGAGAUGAAAUUGAGGAGAAGAGAGUAUGAAAUGAUGGAAUCAAAUGAUCAGGGUUUUCAGCGACCAAAAGGACAAAACUGGAUGAGCACAAGAAUGGCACUGUCUAAGCAAGCCAGCAGAUUUGAACUACCAAUGGACAUGAAGUUACUGGAAACAAUGAGUCCACAAGACUACCUCAGAGAGUACUGUAAAGUUUCAUCAAAGCGCACAGCAAUCUAUAAAAAGUUCUUUGACAAACAUAGGGAGAAGACUUUCAAUGUUACAUUCCAGAAAUUAGACACAGUUCUAAAUGACGUUCUUGCUCAUCCAAUCAGCAAGGAGACCUUCCAGGAUGUGUGCUCCCUGGUACAGCUGGAUGAAAACACUAGCAUUGACUACAAACUGUUUGCUGGGAUAGCAGCACUGUGUGAAAGGUUACUCUAUACACGGUUUAUCACUGAAGACACUGCGGACAUGGUUGAAUAUCAGAAAGAGAGGAUAGAAUGUGCAGAUUUCACAGCUCUAGAGUGGAAAUUCCAAGGCAUUCAGGCCAAUCCAGAAGUGAAAAAACUGUUGUGGAGUAUAGCCACAUAGAGAUGGGAGUGAAAGAACAUCACUUGACUUCAUAGCCAAAGUAAAGGCUGUCUCUGCAUGGGCGGCAUGGUCUCCUAUCCACCUUUGUGCUCUCCGCCUAGUCUGUAGCCCUCAUCUAAGCAACAGGGGCCAAGACAGAUAGGGUAUACUUGGUAAAUCAAGUGAAAAAGUUUAUCAAAUGAAACCCACUUGUUCUUUGUCUAGGUAUGUGAGACUAUGAGAACAUAGUAACAACAUUCAUUUUCAAUGAAGCAGAGGGGUUGUUUGUGAUUAUUACACUCUUAUCUCUUUCAUAUUCAUUGAACAAUCAAAAAUUCCAAAGAUAUCCAGUUUUAAGGUCAUUCCUGGAAAU